AUGGCUUCCGCAUUUUCAUCAUCAAAUAACUCACUUCAUAAAAAAAGAGCUCUUCUCAUUGGCAACAAUAAUUACAAGAAAAAUAGUCCACUUCGAUAUUGUACCAAUGAUGCUGAAGAUCUUUCUAAGAAAUUACAGGAAAUUGACUUUGAAAUCACAGUUGGUACUAAUUUGACAUAUGAACAGAUGGAUAGAACGAUCGAAACGUUUAAAGAAAAGAUAAAUCCAGAUGAUCUUGUUCUUUUCUUUUUUGCGGGUCAUGGAUGUCAAUCGAGUCAUCGAAAUUUUCUCAUGCCCAUUGAUGAUGAUCGAAUUAAAACAAAUAUUGAUCUGGAACAUCGAGCAAUAAAUGCUCAAUUUGUGCUUGAAAAGAUUAUGAGUCGUCGUCCAUCAGCAGCUAUAUUUCUUCUUGAUUGUUGUCGAAAUAGUUUUGUAGGCGAAUCAUCAAAUUCUAAUGGUCUUUCACCCAUGCAAGCAGUUGCUGAUUCAUUUAUUGUUUUUGCAUGUGAUGCAAAUAAAACCGCUUUAGAUGGAUCAGCAAAUAACCGGAAUGGUUUAUUUACAUCUCAUCUUCUUAGAUAUAUUGAUCAACCGAAUUUAAUUAUUGAUGAAAUAAUGUAUGAUGUUUGUGAUGGUGUAAUGAGAGAAACAAAUAAUGGUCAAUGUCCAUUUCGAGUAUCUUCGCUUCGACGAAAAGUUUAUUUAAAUCAGCAAUUUACAGAUGGACAAUCACUUCUUUUCAAUCCUAUUAAUAUUAACACUAAAUACAAACAACAUGGAAUUACUAUUGCUGGAGGAAAUGGCGAAGGUAAUCAGUUGAAUCAACUCUCUUAUCCUCAAGGUAUUUAUGUUGAUGAUGAUCAUCAAACUAUUUAUAUUGCUGAUUGUCGGAAUCAUCGUAUUGUUGAAUGGAAAUAUGGAACAAAGAAUGGUCAAGAUGUUGCAGCUGGAAAUGGAUGUGGAAAUAGAAAUAAUCAGUUGAAAAAUCCAACAGAUGUGAUUGUUGAUAAAAAGAAUGAUUCUCUUAUCAUUUGCGAUCAAGACAACAGACGAGUGGUACGAUGGCCUCGUCAAAAUGGUACAAGUGGAGAAACAAUCAUUUCUGACAUUGAUUGCCAAGGUCUAACAAUAGAUAACAAUGGAAAUAUUUAUGUCCCUGAUUGGAAGAGAAAUGAAGUGAGGCGAUGGAAACAAGGAGACAGAGAAGAAACAAUAGUAGCAGGCGGAAAUGGACAAGGAAAUCAUCUCAAUCAAUUCCAUUCUCCUACUUAUAUCUUCGUUGAUGAAGAUCAUUCAGUUUAUGUAUCGGAUUAUUGUAAUCAUCGUGUGAUGAAAUGGAUGAAAGGUGCAAGAGAAGGUAUUGUUGUUGCUGGUGGACAAGGUAACAGGGAUAGUCUGACACAAUUGUCUUAUCCUCGAGGAGUGAUUGUCGAUUAUUUGGGUACUAUUUAUGUGGCUGACUAUGGUAAUAAUCGAAUAAUGCGUUGGUGUGAAGGAUCUUGCAAAGGUAGUAUUGUUGUUGGUGGAAAUAGAAAAGGAGGACAGCCAAAUCAAUUCGAUGGUCCCAGAGGUUUAUCAUUUGAUGUUGAAGGUAAUCUCUAUGUUGUCGAUUCGUGGAAUAAUCGAAUACAAAAAUUUGAAAUUGAUUUGAAUUAA